GAAGCGAGCAAGAUACAACACGAAAUCGAUCUUCUUCUUUCUUCUUCUUCGUCUUCUUCCCCGUCGUCUGCUGAACCAUUUGAUCGAUCUCUCAGAUAAGGUUCUCAGGUUUUAAGUUACUUCUAUGAGACGGAUACGCUGCAAUUGGUGCUUCAUGUCUAGGUAAUGAAGGCUUUAUGUGAUAGAUUUGUUCCUCAACAAUGUUCUUCAUCAAGCAAGAGUGAUACGCAUGAUAAAUCCCCUUUAGUUUCAGAUUCAGGACCUAGUGAUAAUAAGUCCAAGUUUACCUUAUGGUCAAACGUCUUUACGUCUUCUUCCUCAGUUUCUCAACCGUAUAGGGAGUCUUCAACUUCUGGGCAUAAGCAAGUUUGCACCACUCGUAAUGGUUGGACAGCAUUUGUAAAAAGAGUCUCUAUGGCUACUGGCGCAAUUAGGAGAUUCCAGGACCGUGUUUUAGGGCCAAAUAGGACUGGUCUGCCGAGCACAACAAGUGAUGUAUGGCUCUUGGGUGUCUGUUACAAAAUAUCCGAGGAUGAGGCCUCGGGGGAAACCAAUACUGGCUGUGUAGUGGCUGCAUUUCAACAAGAUUUUUCAUCCAAAAUACUGAUGACAUACCGUAGAGGUUUUGAGCCCUUUAGAAACACAACAUAUACCAGCGAUGUGAACUGGGGUUGCAUGAUUCGAAGUAGCCAGAUGCUUUUUGCUCAGGCGUUGCUUUUCCAUAGGCUGGGGAGGUCUUGGACUAAGAAAUCUGAGCUGCCUGAACAGGAAUACUUAGAGACCUUGGAACCUUUUGGUGAUUCUGAGUCUUCAGCUUUCUCCAUCCACAAUCUUAUAAUAGCUGGAGCGUCCUAUGGUCUCGCUGCUGGGUCAUGGGUAGGACCGUAUGCCAUUUGUCGAGCGUGGGAAUCAUUAGCAUGCAAGAAGAGAAAACAAACUGAUUCUAAAAACCAGACGCUUCCUAUGGCUGUUCAUAUUGUUUCUGGCAGCGAAGAUGGAGAGAGAGGUGGGGCUCCAAUUCUCUGUAUAGAAGAUGCUUCCAAAUCUUGUCUAGAAUUCUCAAAAGGACAGUCUGAGUGGACACCGAUUCUCCUUUUGGUCCCACUGGUUCUUGGGCUUGACAGUGUGAAUCCCAGGUACAUUCCAUCUCUCAUAGCCACAUUCACUUUUCCUCAGAGCGUGGGUAUUUUGGGUGGCAAACCAGGUGCCUCAACUUACAUAGUUGGUGUUCAAGAAGACAAAGGUUUCUACCUUGAUCCGCAUGAAGUUCAACAGGUGGUCACAGUCAACACUGAAACACCAGAUGUUGACACAUCCUCCUAUCAUUGCAAUGUCAUUCGUUAUGUUCCUUUGGAAUCACUCGACCCAUCUCUAGCUCUCGGAUUCUAUUGCCGCGACAAAGAUGAUUUCGACGACUUCUGUCUCCGAGCAUCAAAACUAGCCGAGGAUUCAAACGGUGCUCCACUAUUCACCAUAACUCAAACCCACAGCACGAUAAACCAAAACAACUACGGGUUUUCGGAUGAUGACAGCGAGGAUGAACGUGAAGAUGACUGGCAAAUGCUCUGAUCAUCAUCAUCAAACAUUUUAAC